AUGUCGGAACAAAGCGUGACGGAGUUCAUCUACUUCCACGUCAAGGACGGCGUCCGACCCGAGGACCCCGCCCACAGCGACGAGGGCGCCGCCCUGCUACAGGUCUUCCAGAACACCAAGCACCAGAACGGGUACAAGGGGUCCGUCUGGGGGCGGGCCGUCGAGGACGAGAGUUUGAUCGUGUGGGCGAUUGACUGGACAGACGCCCACACCGGCGCAAACCCAACCACCACGCUACACCCCUUCCUACCAGAGGACCACCCCGAAAUCACCACCAUCUUCGCCACCCUGGCCCCUGCCACCACCUCCUCUUCCCCUUCCUCCCCUGAUGAUGAUGCCAACAAGAACAAAAACCCAACCACCACAGCAACCCUGCGCAGCAACCCGGUCACCGAGCUCUGGACCCCCGCCUUCCCCACCUCCCUCACGCCCGAGGAAAUCAACGCCGUGCACGCCGACCUGGUCGGCCUGCGCGCCGCCGUCACCGAGCACCUGCCCGACGGCAAGCGGGCGGUGUCCUUUGCGGUGGGCCAGGUGGAGCGGCCGGGGACGAUGACGCACGAGCAGAGCGAGACGGGCGAGGCGUUCGUGGUGGUCGUCGCGGCUGGCUGGGCGAGCGUCGAGGUGCAUCUGGCUGGCAAGGAGACGGAGGCGUUCCAGGAUGCGAUCGGGAAGGUCCGGGGACGGCUGUUGGCGCCGGUGCGGGGGUUGGGCGGGUUGAAGCAUUUUGGGUUUAGGGGGGUUUGA